UACAAUCAGCGCGUUUCUCGCUGUUUUCCGCUCUCUCCACGCUGAGCAGCGCGCUUUUCAUCCAGCAGCAAAAAUGGAAACCGCCAACCAGAUCGUUUCCCUUGGGACAUUUCAGGUGCUCAAAGUGCCUCUGGGGUUUAUUCGCCUUUUGGAGUGGCUUUUUGCCAUCUUUGCUUUCGCGACAUGUGGAGGCUACUCUGGUCAGCUGCGGGUUAGUGUGGACUGUGUCAACAAGACUGACAGCAACCUGAGCAUCAACAUCAACUUCGCUUAUCCGUUCAGGUUGAACCAGGUGUACUUUGACGUGCCCACAUGUGAAGGCAGGAGCCAGGAGCGCCUCUUCCUGGUUGGAGAUUUCUCUUCUUCUGCUGAGUUCUUCGUCACCAUUGCCGUCUUCGCCUUCCUCUACUCGCUGCUGGCCACUGUGGUCUACAUAUUCUUUCAGAACACGUACCGCGAGAACAACCGUGGACCUUUUAUUGACUUUAUAGUGACAGUGGUCUUCUCCUUCAUGUGGCUGGUGAGCUCUUCGGCCUGGGCGAAAGGUCUGUCAGACGUGAAGGUGGCCACAGACCCAGACGAGGUGGUUCUGCUGAUGUCUGCCUGUAAGGUGCAGACCAACAAGUGCGGCUCUGCAUACGGGCCCAUCUGGUCAGGCCUCAACACUUCUGUGGUGUUUGGCUACCUGAACUUUGUUCUGUGGGCGGGAAACAUCUGGUUCGUGUUUAAAGAGACUGGCUGGCACAAGGGCGGCGCUGCACGGUACCCAUCAUCCGCUCCAGAAAAACAGGCUGCUCCCUUCAACCAACCAUCCUACAACCAGGGUACAUUCGACCAAUCAGGAGGUGGCUUCAGCGGGACGGGAGACCUCGGCCAGUCGGAGUACAGCCAGGUGGGAACUUACACCUCAAGUGGGCCAACCUCCUACUGACCAGCCAUGACUUUGUCUUCCAAUCACAUGUGACCUACACUCUUAAAAAUAAGAUACUUGAAGGGGUUUAUGGAGUGACGCCAUAGAAGAACCACUUUGGAUCCACUACAGAACCUUUUAGUGGCUGGUUCCUUAAAGAACCAGUUUUGGGCAAUGAUGAACCUUUUUAAAGUUUAAAAGCCUCCAUAUAAUGUAAUGGUUAUAUAGCAGUUAAAGGGUUUUCCUAGAAAACCAUCCAAACCAAGAACCAUUUCAGAUGUUUUAUUUUUAAGAGUGUAUUUGAAUGGGGCAAAAAAUUGUAAAGGCAAACAUCAGCAUGCUGGAGGCCUCAGGAGGGUGAUGAUGUUAACUGGUGUUACUUGGCAAUCAAAACAUUUAUUUGUAUUUUUAACAAUGUGAGAACAGUAAAGGGGUACAGAAUAAUGUUUGCUACUCAGUUUACCACAGGGAUACAAAGCAUCUACAUAUAGAAAUCCAUUUUUUGUCUUUUCAACGCACAAUAUGUCAAUAAUGUGACAGUUUUCCCAAAUUAAAAAGUAAAAAUGAAAAACAAUCAAUAUUGUUAAUGUAAUUCCUGGUAUUCCGAGGAGGAUUUACAAAUUGUAAAUCCGAGAAUAAAAUUAAGUACAAUAUGUUUUGUCUCUUUGUGUGAUUGCUUGUUAACUGUUUGUUGAUUAUCUGGAUUUUCAAUCCCCCGACUGAUGUAAUGCUUGUGUUUUUUUCGUGAAGGGUGCUCCAUUCUUUCUAACAGUCGGUAUUUUCCAAACGGUUUGCACUGUGGUGUAUGAAAAGAAAAAAAAAGAUCUGUAAUCCGCAUUUCUAUGCUGUAACUCUUCGGGUUUUAUAUGUUGUGUUGGCUAGGAGCAUGAAGUUGUGCCGUCAAGGUUAAUGUGCCUGUUUGUGCAGUUCAAAUUUACAUAAAGUGGGUAAAACUUUAUUACCUUAAAGUUAAAAUAUAAUAUAAUAAAAGUAUAUGAAAAAAGUUUGUAUUAACCUGUACAUUGAAAACUUGUAUAUACUGUUCUAAGAAAAAAAUAUUACGAGCCAUUCCUUUAUGAUUUUCAUGACUUUUUUAUUAAGGAAUACAUUGUUAACAACUUAAGCUCUAUCUUCUACAGCUGUAGCAUAUGGUCAGCAGCCAAAGACAAUGGGUUUCUUUCCCUGUUCUCAGAAAAGAAUGGAAAUACGUUGACCCGAAACAUGAUUAUAACAGAAGACAAAGGGCACUUGUUGUCCAUGGUAACUGACCAAAUGCUACAGGUGUGGCAGAUAGAGAUUAGGGUUAAAAACACUGGAGUAUUCCUUUAAUGGGGAAUUCUACAGAUUUUUCAAAAUGUCUACCUAAUUCAGUGCUUGAAAUGUAAACACCGUCAUUCAGAGUGGUUUGGUGUGCAGUGGUGCUGUGUAGAGGUAACCAGGGGUCGCAAUGUCUUUAACGCCAAUAUAGCCAUUUUAUUUACUAUCCAAAACCACCACACUUGUGUGCUUUCAUACGUAAUGAUGCUAAUGGUAAAAUAGAUGUAAGUAUGAAAAAUCUUUGAGUACUGUUUUGCUUUUCAAUGCUCUGUAUGCACCUUCAAAUAUGAAACAAUGUCUCAGGUACAUGCCACAAACUGUGUUGCUCCAAAAUGUGCAUGCAUGUUCACAGAUGUGCAGGUUACCCACGCUAUUGCCACUGAUACCCUCAUAUCAUGAAAGACACUGGCUUUUGAACUUCAUGCUCGUAACACUCAGGAUAGUCCUUUACUUCUUAGGCCUGGAGAACACAACAUCCAUUAUAUUGAUAAACAAUAAAUGUGUAGUGGGUAACACCUCUGCCUUCUACGCUGUAAACUGGGGUUCAAUCCCUGCCUGGGUAAACACCCAACACUAUACCAAUAAGAAUCCUUGGGCAAGACUCCUAACACUACCUUCACCUCCCUGUGUGAAAAUGAUCAAAAAUGUAAGUUGCUCUGGAUAAGAGUGUCUGCCAAAUGCCAUAAAUAUAAAAUGUAAACAGUCAGAAAAGUUGACCAGGUAAUGCUUUCUAUGAAUGUCACAUUUGUAAGCAUCUAUAAACACAUUUAUUACAUGUUAUAAUGGAUUCAUAUGGCAUUAUCAACAUGGUUAUACAUACUUAUAAAAAUUAAUUACAUUGAAUUACACUUUAUAGCCAUGUUUAUUAUUCAUUAUGAAUUGUUAAUAUAAUGCAUUAUAAGUAGUGUUAAUAACAUGUUAUACUGUCAGUGCCAAAGAAUCCAGUCCCAGCUUGGAGAGCCUGCAGUAAAGACAAAUACAAAGAAGAGAUACUAUGCUACAGUACAGUAAGGCUAAUUUCUGCUAGCAUUCUAUUGGAUAUGCAGUGUCAAGUUAGUGCCAAGCUAAAAUGCUUCACUUUACUUAGAACAGACAAAUAUAACUUAUGAGCUCUUAUAAUUUGUUAUGAACAGUGCUUAUAAUGUAUUAUACUAACAAUUCGUAAUGCAUAAUAAGCAUGGGUAUAACGUAAUGCAUUUUUCUAAAUAUUUAUAGUCAUGUUUAUAAAUGCCUUAUGAAUGCAUUAUAAUAUGUUAUGAAUGUGUUUAUAGAUGCUUACAAAGGUGACAUUCAUAGAAAUGUUGACCACAAAACAUGUUUUCACCGUGCAUCAGUCCGUUUGCAGCUAGAGUUCAGAGAAGUCGGCGGUGUUUUUGGAUGUUGUUGACAUACGGCUAAAUGCUACUUCCAGUUUUAGACCACACGUGCAGCGGAGUGCAUAGCACAGUCUAAAAUUGGAAGUGGUGUUCACGGAGGGAUUCGGUUUUCCCUUUUAAAACCUUCAGAAAGUAACAGCAAAUUGCCACUUUCCAAAAAAGUCUCUGUCAGGCAGCAUAUUCAUAACCAUUUUAUGUUAUAACUUCCUGUGAGGCAGCUUUUAGAAACAACUGUUUGGACAUCUAGUUCCUACCACCACCAGUGUGAACAGUUCUGACUUGGUUUCUCCUGAAUGGAGCACUCUGAAUGACUUUGUUUACACCUUACCAGCUUAAUCACCCAUUCAUUUUGAAAAAUUGAAGGAAUUCCUCUUCAUGGACAUCUGUUUGGUCACCACUGCCACCCUGACCUUCUUGUGUGUAGCUCUUGGAGAAGAUGCUAAAUGUCCAUAGGUCAUGCCUGUAGUUGUGUUUUUACUGCUGUUUUGCUGUCAGUACAGGCUUUUUGCUUGCAUGCAUCAAAUCUGUUUUUAUCCUCUGUUGCUUUGCCAUCAGGGAUCGCAGCCUAGCGUGCUUUUUCUUGAAACUUUCCAUCAACCUUACCUCCUCUGCUCGGUACUCUCCUUCUGCUUUUGUCCCGUUUCUACACAUCGCUGUGACUGUUUGCUGUUUUAAGUGAUUGUUGGUAAUGUGGAGAAGAAAAAAUUAAAGCUUUUUUUUUUCUGAAAAAGCAGGCUUGCUAAUAUAAAAUACACUAUACACUAUAAUAUAUAAUAACACUAUAAAGCAUGAGGCUCGAAAAGGUAAACCAAUGACAAAUAUUUCAACAUGCAUCAAUGUUGGCUGCUUGCUCUGCUGUCUGUGUUACAUUUGAACGUGAAUGGGUUUUUGCUUUUUUAUGUAAAUCAUCACUUGGUGUGAAUGGUCUUGCACAUGCCAAUAAAGACUGUGUACAGAG